CAGCUUCUGCUGGUCCAGAUGGAAGAGGUGGAGAAAGCGAUUGCAAGGAGAAGGGAAGAGCACCAGGCCAGACUCGCUGAAGAACUCUCUUCUCUUGAAAGUCUCAUCUGGGAGAUGGAGGAGACGUGUCAGCAGCCAGCGGGUAAACUCCUGCAGUGUGUGGAAGCCAUGGCUGCUGCCGGGAGUCCUGUCCAGGAUCUCCAUGAAGAAGCCACUUGUCCCAUCUGCCUGGAUUAUUUCAGGGAUCCAGUGACCAUUGCAGAGUGUGGCCACAAUUUCUGCGGACUCUGCCUGGCCCUGUGCUGUGUGGAGUCGGACACAGAGGCCUCCUGCCCCGAGUGUAGAGGAACCUUCUGGAAGGGGUACAUCAAGCCCAAUAGGCCGCUGGCUAACUUUGUCGAAAUUGCCAAGAAAUUCAGAGAUCAGGGGGUCAAGGCGGCAGAAGAUAAGGGGAGACUCUGUGAGAAGCACCAGGAGCCCCUGAAGCUCUUCUGCAAAGACCAUGAAACCCCCAUCUGUGUGGUGUGUGACAGAUCCAAGGAGCACAGAGAUCACGAGGUGGUUCCUCUGGAGGAGGCUUCCCAGGAGUACAAGCAUCUGAUCCGUUAUCGCCUGGAGAUUCUGAGGUCAGAGAGAGAAAGAAUUAUGGAAUGUAAAGCAGAAACAGAAAAGGAAAAUAGAGAACUUCUUAAGCAAACAAGAGCAGAGAAGAAAAAGACGGUGUCUCAGUUCAGAGAAUUACACCAGUUUCUGGAAGAACAAGAGGAGCUUCUGCUGGCUCAGUUGGAAGAGGUGGAGAGAGAGAUUGCCAGGAGAACGGAUGUGCACCAGGCCAAACUCUCCGAAGAACUCUCUUCUCUUGAAAGUCUCAUCCAGGAGAUGGAGAAGAAAUGUCAACAGCCAGCGGGUGAACUCCUGCAGGAUGUGAGAAGCACCUUGCAGAGGAGUGAGAAGGAGACAUUUGAGAAAUCAAUGGGUUUCCCUCCAGAGCUGAAGACAAGGAUCUCGGACUUUCGUGAUAGAAAUCCCUUUCUGGAGGGAGUCAUGAAGCAAUUCAAAGCCAAUGUAACUCUAGAUCCAGGCACAGCAAAUCCCAGCCUCAUCCUGUCUGAGGGUCAUAAAAGCGUGAGGAUUGGAGACAACGAUCAAGAUCUGCCCAAGAAUCCUGAGAGAUUUGGCUUUCAUCUUUAUGUGCGGGGAUGGGAGGGAUUUGCAACAGGCAGACAUUUCUGGGUAGCCAUGCUGGGAAGACAGGAAACCUGGGUUGUGGGCAUCGCCAGAAAGUCUGUGAGAAGAACUGGCAUGGUUAGAUUAAUUCUCAAGGAAGAGGCUUCCCAGGAAUACAAGGAUUUGAUGCUUAGUCGCCUGGAGAUUCUGAGGAAGGAGAGAGAGAAAAUUCUGGCAUAUAAUGCAGAUGCAGAAAAGGAAAACCAUGAAUUGCUUAAGCAAACCAAAGCAGAGAGGGAAAAGUCAGUGGCUCAGUUCAGACAACUCCGCCAGUUUCUGGAGGAACAAGAAAAACGUCUGCUGGCUCAGAUUGAAGAGGUGGAGAAGGAGAUUGCCAGGAAAAGGGAGGAGCACUUGGCCAUACUCUCCAAGGAACUCUCCUCUCUUGAAAGUCUCAUCCAGGAAAUGGAGAAGAAGUGUCAGCAGCCAGCGAGUGAAUUCUUGCAGGAUAUUAGAAGCACCUUGGAGAGGUUUGAUGAGCAGGAGCCACCUAAAGUUGAAAUGAAGUUUUCUCCUGUGCUGAAGUGGAGGAUCUGGGAAUUCUGUGAUAUAACUCCCUUCCUGGAGGGCAUCAGGAAGCAGUUCAAGGGCACCCUGUUAUCAGGACUUCAGCAGCAGAAAGGAAAUGUGCAUCUGGACCCAGACACGGCACAUCCCCAGCUCCUCCUGUCUGAGGAUCGUAAAUGUCUGAAACUGAGAAAGAAAGGCGAAGGGUGUCCCCCAAAUCCUCAGAGAUUUGAUCAUUAUUAUUUUGUGUUGGGACGUGAGAGAUUCACAUCAGGGAGACAUUUCUGGGAUGUCGUUGUGGAAAAUAGCGAGGACUGGGCCGUGGGGGUUGCCAGAAAGUCUGUGAGUAGGAAAGGCAGAUUCCAGUGUGGUGCUGAGUCAGGGUUCUGGGCUGCAGGGAAGUGCAGAGGAGAACACACCAUCCCUGACUUCACAGAUGUGAGUGGGAACGUCAAGAGGAUCCGAGUGUCUCUGAACUGUGUUGGAGGGCGGGUGGCCUUUUAUGAUGUUGACACAGCAGACUGUCUCGCUGAGUUCUCAGCAGCCUCAUUCUCUGGAGAAGUUCUCCUCCCCUUCUUUUAUCUGGGCAAAAAGGGUCACUGCGUAGCUCCAUUUUCUGGCUAUUUCACUUCCCACCUCACAAUCGCUCCCUAAGGCAGUCAAAUCUAACAGCAGCUCUGUUCGAGGACCCUCUGCAAACCAGGAUUACUAGUUUUAGAGAGAAACCAGAACACUCCACAGCUUCUUAAACAGACAGUCAUACAUUGAGCAGGUUCACAAGGUCGCUACAGUGGGUUGUGGCAUGUGUGGACGACCAUUUUGAAUAUACAAUCCGUAACCGGGGGUUGCCAUGAUUUGUUGUAUCAUCAGAACCCAGUUAGCAUGCGUUGUUUGUUGUUGUUGUUUAUUCGUUCAGUCGCUUCCGACUCUUCGUGACUUCAUGGACCAGCCCACGCCAGAGCUUUCUGUCGGCUGUCGCCACCCCUAGCUCCCCCAAGGUCAAGUCUGUCACCUGCAGGAUAUCAUCCAUCCAUCUUGCCCUUGGUCGGCCCCUCUUCCUUUUGCCUUCCAC